AUGCCCGUCGAAGUCAGCCUUAACACGCCCCUGGCGGAGGCUCUCAAUGCUGCCAUUCAACCCAAGCUCGUCGAGGUUGGAUGGGGAACUGGCGGUGCCGAUGAUUCCGCUCUAGCAGAGUAUAUUGUCCUCAUGCUGGUUAAUGGAAAGACCCAAGAUCAGAUUGCCGCAGAACUCUCGGGAGACCUACUUGGUCUUGGAUCCGACGACCCCAGCACCCGCGAUUUUUCUCAGUGGCUGUUCGAACAGAUCGACGCUCUCAACACCCAAGUCAACGGCGGCAACAACGCAGGCCCCGGAGCAAACCAAGACCCUGCAACAGAAGGCGAGAUGGAUACCGACAUGAAUGCAGGCGAUGUCUCAGAACUGAAUGCACCUACUGGCCCACGCUCAAUGCGCAACGGUGCCCAACGAGGUGGGCGGGAUAAGCGCAUGUUUGGACAGAUGAACAAAGCGAUGGACCGACCUGGCGAUUCCGCCCUUCACCGUGUUCGAGGCCAGACCGGAAGCGAACGCAUCAAUACCCACGGCCGAACACCGCCCACUGGUCCCAGAACAGGUCGAGGUGGAAUGGGGCGAAACAACAAUAACCGUAGCGCCAACAUUCAGGCUGGUCUGGCCGGUAUGGCCGCUGGUGGCCCACAGCCGUGGAUGAUGCAAGGCGGCCAACCAAACUCUGCCGAGCUUGUUGCCCUUUUCGAACAACAAAAUCAAAUGAUGUACCAGCUAUCACAACAACUCAUGAACAAUGGCGGACAUCAGGGCGGAUUCGGGCAGCAGCGCCGUGGCGGAAAGUCCCUAUUCGACCGUACGCAACACCCUGGCAGAGGUAACUACCGCAAGGGCUUCAACGAUCGACAGGGCGGUAACAACGCUACUGCUGGUGAGGGUGAGGGUGAUGAUGUCAGUAUGUCUGGCGAGCCACGCGAGCCACCUAACCCUGAGGAUACGGUAUGCAAGUUCAACUUACGAUGCACCAACAAGGAUUGCAAGUUCGCUCAUCAGUCACCUGCCGCCCCUCCUGGAGCAUCGGUCGAUGUCAACGACAACUGCAGUUUCGGAGCCGCCUGUAAGAACCGAAAAUGUGUUGCGCGACACCCCUCACCGGCGGCUCGUCUUGCACACCAAAGCGAGCAGGACUGCAAGUUCUUCCCCAAUUGCCAAAACCCUCAGUGCCCCUUCAAGCAUCCAUCGAUGCCUCUCUGCCGUAACGGUGCUGGCUGCACAAACUCUGACUGCAAGUUUACACACGUCAAGACAAAGUGCAAGUUCAACCCGUGUCUCAACCCCAAUUGUGCCUUUGCGCAUGAGGAUGGGCAGCAAGGAGGCUUCAAGGAUAAGGUCUGGACUGCUGGCGAGGGCACUGAGCAUGUCAGUGAGAGAAGAUUUGUGGAUGAUGGUGUUCCCGAAGAGCUCAUCAAGGGGGAGGAUACUGACAUUAAUCAAGAUGCUGAUGUCAUUGUUUAG